AUGAAGUUGCUGAGGUACCCGCACAUUUUGCAAGCUAAAUACAACAAGACAUGCUGUUGCAUUGGAGAUUGGCUUGUGGUCGGUGGGCUGAAGAAACUUCAAGUUUUUUCCAUUUCGAAAUUGGUGGAUGGAGCGUUGGGCAAAAUAAGUUUACGUGAAGUGAGUCCAGAUUUCGAAGUUAAGAUCCCAGAAGUUCUAGAGACGAUAUACUGUAUUGUUGGAGAUCAAAAAAAGCUUUUUUUGGGCACAGAUACGGGUGUUUUUACAAUAGAAGAUUGGUUGGACUCGAAACUGUCAAAUAACGUCAGUAAGAAAAUGUUUGAACUGAGUGCACCCAGUACCAUAACGGACUUGAAAUUUGAUUCUACUACUGGUGUAAUUUUUGUUCUGGUCAAUUUUAGUGCUGAACGCAAUGCUGUACUACUGUUUAAACCGGAUGCUGGCCUGCAGAUUGGCGAAAUUCCUUUGGGUCAGACUAAGCCGUUAACUGGAAUCGUGGAUCCAACGGGCCAAAUAUUUACCGUCUCUUGCAGCGACCGACACUUGUACGUGUUUCAGUAUAACGAAAAGGGCGCGAAUAAGCUGCUGCAGAAACUACCGCAAUACGUACAAAUCGAUCCAAUACAUUACAAGAUAGCCAUGUCACCACAAGCGCAUUUGCUGCCAAUCGUGAACUCGUUGAACGGAACUACGCCUGCCAUCGCACUUUUGGCUGCGAAUAACGAUUUCAAAGUGGAGACUACGCUUGUAGGACAUAUGGAUAAAUGCAAAGUUCUCAAGUUCUCACCUCAAAUUUACGAAAAGCCGGCUAAAGACGGUUCGAAGGCCGUUUACAAUUUGCUCGCAACGUCCGGAACCGGUAAUCAAAACGUUGUCGUUUGGAACACGAAAAGAACGAAACCGCUUUUGAAUACGAAUGCAUUAUCUUCUUCGUUCGUGAACGACAUCGAGUGGAGUCACGAUGGACAGGCAUUGUUUGCAGUAACUGACGAUGGCUACUUGUUUAUUUUCGCAUUUCGCGAAACCGAGCUGGGACAAGUUUCACCCGAAAAAGACGUUGUGGCAAUGCGAAGUGCCCGUAAGAUCUUGGAGCCUUUACCCGACAACGUGGGUCCCGAGCCUGCUACUAGGGUGAAAGACGAACUCAACCUUUCCACUGCAGUGGCUUCUGUGUCGAAAGUUAACGGUAAGAAAAAGAUUGCGCCAACCACGAUUCAGAGCACGUCUAUGGAAUUCAAUGGACCUUCAUACAGCGUUCCUAAAGAUUUGAAACGAAAGCCUAAAGGUUCACAACAAGGCCCAACCAACAAAAAACAGAAACAUGAUCUAGAACCUAUGGAUUUUUUGGACACAAAUCUAAUAAUGCCCACGAUCUCUUUUUCUAAAGUGCGACUGGCGUCACCAAAAGUAAGACUCUCUUUCCAAUAUUCCCCUUCCCACGAUUCAAACUUCAUAUUCAGCGUCAAGAAUGGUACUGGGAACGAUCAAAAACCUACUGUUAUCACUCUGGAAGUGAAGGAUGGCGCUCAAACUAAAAUACUUUUCGAAGAUUUUAUGCCAAAAUUCGUUACAAUGUGUGUCGAAGGAGAGAGUUUUUGGUCUUGCUGCAGCGAUGACGGCGUCGUUUAUGUUUACUCAGACAGUGGUAAGAAAAUUCUGCCGCCUCUUAUCACCGGGACUCCCUGUAGCUUUUUAGAAGCUGCAGGAAAGUUUCUGAUGUGUGUAACGAGUAUGGGUGAAUUAUACUGUUGGAACAUCGAAGCUUGCAAACUGGAAUUUCCGGUGACAUCAAUAUAUCCACUUUUAAGCCCAUCACUAAGAUUUUCGGAUGAUGUUCUAACGAGGGCGGAAAAUAUCACGAUGUGCGCGGUAACUCGAGCUGGCGUACCAAUUGUGACUUUAAGCAACGGUGAUGGUUUUAUGUUUGAUAAAGAUAUGGAAACAUGGAUGUUAAUUAAUGACUCUUGGUGGGCAUACGGCUCACAAUAUUGGGAUGCUACGAAAACUUCGGCUGGCACUUCAAUGGGACCUUACAAUGAAAAGGAAGACAAAAAAAACAAUUCAUGGAAUAUGGAAGCUAAGGCUCUUAUUUCGGAACUCGAAAGUGAUGAGGCAAGCAUAAUCAAUUUUCUAGAACGCAAAACGAAUGACGAACUCCAUAGGAAAGGACGCGUAAGGAACUUGCAAAAGUUCUCUAAAACUAUUCUAAUAAAAGAGGGCUUCGAAAAUCUAGAGGAAGUUGUAACGUUAUCGCAUUUGGAGAAUAAACUUCUCGUAUUACUGAAACUUCAAGAAGACGCCGAGUUUGUGAAACUUCUGAUCGUUUAUUGUAUUCGCUUGAGUGAACUGGGAUACACCCAACGCCUCAGUGAUGUGAUGGAAUGGCUUUACGGCGAUGGUAAUUACAAGGAUAAAAUUAUUGGAGGGAAAACGGCCGAGGAUCUUUUGAAGAAAAUAAGCAUAGCCUGUGCUAGUAUUCGGCAUGUUCAACGUGUGACUACGAGCUUUGCAACUGCAAUCGGUAUGAUUAGCGAUGGAAUUUGA